AUGGUCUCGCUCUCAAGACAAUGUGCCCUCACUCUGGACGUCAUCUCGGCUGCCCUGGAUGUGCCGGCAAACAAGUUGGGGAACAUGUACCGCAAGUUGCGGAAGAUUGCUCCCGUCGAUGCCGUCGCUGCAAAGGGGACGGUCAACCCGGCAGAGUUUGUGCAGCAGGGCGUGGCCCGGAUGGACGGCAUCGAUCGUCGUGACCGGAACAAGGCCGCAAGCCUGGCAAAGUCGCUCAUUGCGGUUGCAGACGACUACGGGCUCGUCACUGGCCGUGCUCCUGCACCCAUCGCCGCCGCUGCCCUCUCUCUCGCCGCCCGAGCUUGCAAGCUCGACGCCACCAUCGACGUCACCUACUUUGCCGACCUGUACGGCUGCGGACGGAACACCAUCUCCCACCGCGUCGAUGAACUGCGCAAGGUCCUACUCCGCGUCGCAAAGUCGCUGCCUUGGGGCGACGACAUUACCGUCUACUCGCUCGACGCCCACCUCACCUUUCUCCUCCGCCACAUGCAGGUCCUCCGCAAGACCGCGCUCGUCAACGAGCGCGCGCUCGAGCUCGAGCAGGUGACGCCGGCGGCCCUUGCCAGCUCAUCGACACCACACGCUGCGCUCCCGGCGUCAUUUCGCCGCAACAUGGCCAACCGCGAGCGGCGCAAGGCCAAGCUCUCCCUCGUCCACGGCCGGGUCCAAGCCGCCCGCUCUCAGCCGCAGGCCAAGGCCCCGCGCCGUGCGCUUGCAGACGACGCCACAUCGUCGCGGACGGCGCUCGGGCGGGGGGAGGGCUUCGACCUUGGUCUCGGCAUGCCGACGCCUGCCGAGGUCGGCUUUACCGAUGCUGAGCUCGCCGCCGACCGCGAGCUUGUCCUCAUCCUCUGUGCGUACCUCCGCGGCGUCUCGCGGCUCGACAUCGAAGCUGGCUACUUUAACGCGGUUGGUGCCGGUGACUCUGAUAACGUCGCCGAGCAGCUUGCCGCACUCGACGCCGACGCCGCCGCACACGACGACGAGCUCGACGUCUACAUCCUCGACCCGUCCGACAAGCUCGUCGCCCUCAAGGCCAAGCUUGGCGGCUGGGAGGUGCCCAAGGCCAAGGGCACGCGCCGCAAGGCGUCCAAGGCGGCGCAAGAGGCCGCCGGCCCACCGGAAAGUCCCUCGUCGGGUCGCAAACGCAAGCGCAGUCAGGACGGCGUCAUGAGUCCGGCGACCUGA